AUGAGCGCACUCGUACGUCCUGCAGUUGAGUCGGACUUAACUCAGAUUAGGGAUAUCUUUGAACACUAUGUACUCAACACCGUCGUUACGUUCCUGACCCAGAAACCAUCACUUGAGUUCAUGAAAACUCGAUACAAAGACUCGGCCUCUCGUCAGCUACCGUAUCUUGUCGCUGUGGACCCAUCCCAGAAUGAAAAGGUGGUGGGAUAUGCUUGUGCCUCUGCAUUUCGAGGAUACCUGCUUGCAUAUGGCCAUACUGUCGAGAUAACUCUGAUAUGCCAUCCUCAAUACACGGGGCGGGGCAUUGGAAGUCUUUUGAUCUCAGAGCUUAUCGCAAGGCUGAAAGAAACAACGCAUCUGGCCAAAGAAGUGGAGUACGAAGCCAACCAGAUCGAAUUCCCUGUCAAGAAAGUGUUGGCAGUAAUGGCAGUAGACGAGAGUGCAGCGGACCAAGGUCUAGCUUUGCGUGACUGGUAUAAGAGAUGGGGAUUUGAACAAGUUGGGAGAUUGAAAGGAGUAGGUUCCAAGAAGGGACGAAUAAUCGACACGAUCUAUCUCGAAUUGCAUCUGCAGUGA